AUGGAUUCGACCGCUUCCCUCCGCGGGGCUUCGGACGAGCUCGAUCGCAACAACGGUAGUGAUCCCGACUUAGUCCACACUCACAAAAAGCAGCUUUCUGGAGAACUGCCCGACGAUUUACCUAAAUCCCUGGACGACCGUCGUUCCGUCCCCGUGAUUCAAGCGGAGACUGAGAUGUACGAUGGUUGGCAAGGCCAAUCCCAGUUCCUCACGACGCCUGUGGCCGCGAAGCCGUUGAGCUUCAGUCUUACCCUGGAUGAUCACUCGCAUGAUGAUGAGCACAGUCUACAGGCUCAAUAUGGACGGGGUCUUGCCGCGGUGGAUGACGACAACGAAUCGACCACUACGGCUAGGCUAGAGGACAGCGAUGCCCGACUAAUGGAGAUGCUUGCUGCGCAGGCGGCUCAUCGGGAAGUAGAUUCGCUAGGGGCAGACGAAGAAGCAAUCGCAGCGGACGAAAAGUUAUCAGAAACAAAAAAGAAGGAUAUUUUGCAACGAGGUUUGAACAUGGCUGCCAGCAACGGCGAUGUAGAACGCGUGCGCAAGUUGGUACAGGGCAAAGCGAAGGAUUAUGUGAACGUGAACCUGCCGGAUGAGGAGGGGACAGUGCCCUUAAUCUAUGCCAGCUGUUUUGGGCAUCAAGACGUAGUUUCAGCCCUUCUUAACGCAGGCGCCAAUGUUGACCAACAGGACCGCAACCAAUGGAGUGCUUUGAUGUGGGCAAUGACAAACCGACAUAAGACGAUUGCAAAAAUCCUCCUUGACCAUGGAGCAUCACCGGAUAUCAAGUCCUCCUCUGGGGGAACUGCGUUUGAUUUUGCCCAGCCAGGAAGCGAGAUCUCCGAAUACCUGCAUGAGAACGGCUAUCAUUUUGGCCCUAGCGUUAUUGAGGAUGAUUUUUACGACGCUGGCUUUGCGCACGGUCGAUUCGAGGAGGAGAUUGCUGAGAGUGAAAUGAAACGGCGGAUGAUGAUGGAGGAGAGUGCUAUCAACCUGGAAGUUGAUCUGUCAAGCCUGGGGCUCGAUGAGAAAUUUGAUGCACUCGAUGAUGAAGAGAUGGAGGAAGAACAGCAGGAAUUCGUCUGGGAUCGAUGCUUGAAUGACCAAAUGUUCGUCUUCCAGGAGAGCGAAUUAGAGAGGAUCUUGGACAUAAUCAUCACCAACAUGACUCCGCAGCGAUCUCCAUCGCAGAAGCCAGUUCCUGCCAACCUGCUUUUCCUCAGUGCCCGGUACGCACAUUAUCAUGCCAGCUCAGAAUUACUCGCACAGCUACUUGUCUCGGCGACGGACAAGAUCAAUGAUGUUGUUGAACGCCACCAGUGGGACAUGACGAUACUGGCGUUUUGGAUGUCGAACGCCACUUUACUUUUACAUUACCUGAAGAAGGACGGGGGUUUGGUGGAAGCGACUGUGGAGUUCCAACUGCACCUGGCGGAGCUUAUAAAUGAGAUAUUCAUAUUGAUUAUUCGGGAUGCCGAGCGCCGAAUGAAUAAAGUACUAGACGAGGCGAUGUUAGACCACGAGACGAUCCCUGGACUGGAGGAUGUCCAUUUCCAAAACGAGUGGAAACUGUUCCGCUCCAAGUCCAAGGCCAAAGCCCCCGAACCAGCCGAGAAGCGCUUCCGACCCCCAUCCCCACGACGACGAGCACAGGUCUCACCACGGAAUAUUACCUCCCUGCUUUCUUCGACUCUGUUUGUUUUAGAUCUCUACGAUGUCCACUCCGUCAUCAUUACCCAGAUCCUCUCCCAGCUACUGUACUGGUUGGGAGCCGAGCUCUUCAAUCGCAUCAUGACUACCAAACGUUACCUAGCUCGAACCAAGGCAAUGCAGAUUCGCAUGAACGUGUCGACCCUGGAAGAUUGGGCACGUAACAACAACCGACAACCUGAACACUAUGAGAAUGGGUCCAUGAGUAGUACCGGCGAAUGCACCAUGGACGCAGCCCGCAGACACCUGGCCCCGGUCAUCCAGCUGUUGCAAUGGUUACAGUGCUUCUCAUCUCUAGGAGAUGAUUUCGAGUCCCUUGUAACCACGUUACUCCAGUUGCAACAACUGACACCCGCCCAACUUCUCCACGCGGUUAAAUCAUAUCGACCCGAGGUAGGGGAGAAGGGACUCACGAAACCAGCGAUGAAAUUCUUGAUUGAUCUGCAACGCGAUCCAGACCUGCUGUUUCGGGAGCAAUCGAAGCUGCAGGGGGCCAAAGAACAAGACGCGGUGCAAGAGGCAGGGCAGACAGAGGGGCGGCCACGGACUCCUCGCCAGGAUCAACUUUCCACAUCUGAUGAGGCAUCGGCCCAAACAUCAAGCGCGUCUCCCGGGUCAUUCAUCACAUCACCGCGCAUGGAUGAUCGAAAUGGGGCUAACGGGGUCUUCUUGGACCCAUCGCUCACCCUUCCCUUCUCAUUACCUACCAGCACAGAUAUGUUGAUCAGUUACGGGGCAGGAUGGGGCGGCACAAACCGGGAACGAGCACGCAAGUACAUCCCUACCGUACCUCCCGAGGUGCUGAACAUUCCGCCCCUUCAGAGCGGGAUUAAGGGCCCUCAUGACUACGCUAUCCUUCGCCAGUCUAUCCCCACGCCUCGGUCUUCUCCUCCCUCAGCACCUGACACCUCCGCGGUCAUUGUAGCCUCCACGGGAUCUCCUGUGGACCACUCUAUGGAGCCCUCUCGUGGUGGCUUCCCGCCCCCAUCAACUCUGGCAUUGCCCCCGCCGGAUGUCGGCUUCUCAUCUAUGAAUUCCGUGAACCAACAACUACCGCGCCCUCCGGCGCAGCGGCAGAGUUCGGAUGACACCAGUCCCUACUGGCAUGCGAGGGCCGAAGAAGACCGGAGAAGACAGGAGGAAGAACGAACCCGCCAGGAAUCGUUGCGUCUGGAGCAGCGGAAGAUCGAACAGAAUAUGCUUCGGGAUUCCCUGCAGGCCGGUGUACCUCCUCAUAUGAUCCCGCUUAUCUUCGCGGGCAUCAGCCAGAAUGGCGUGCCACAGUCAGUCCUCGAAUGGACCCAGCAACACAUGGCUCAAAGUACUGCCAGCAACCGCGCACCAGCUGCUCCUGCGCCAGCUCCAUCUCAUUCUGCCCAGCGGCGUAGCCUGCAUGCCCGUGGGGAUUCUCGUAACGUCCCCCUUGGUCCAUAUGCAGCUCCACCACCGCAGCAGGUGGUACCUCCCCCGGGGAUCCUUCUAUCGCAACCUCUUUCCCCCGCAGGGCCAUCUUCCGCUCCGCAACCACUCGGCCGGUCCCCUUUACCUAAUGGGCCAGUUGAUCCCCGGGGUUCGACCAUGCCUCGCUUCAACACUGCUGAACACGUCCAACAGCAGCCUCCAAUUAACCUGAGUAAUGUCCACUAUGCGCCGGGGUCAUCUAUUCCGCAAGUUCAACAUGCAGCAGGCAAGGCGGAUGGCCACCAUCGGCAGUCUUCGUCUCUGUACUUUCACCACUGGAUUCCUCCAAACCAGUCUCACCCGAAUACACCUUCUGGGAGAACCCGCCAAGAAUCACCUUUUGCAUCACAAGCCUCUCGUCGCCCCGAGUACCAAAACUCUCCGGGCCGGAAAAGGAAAGCUACCGGUCCUCACCAGCCGGCUCCCUUCCCAUCACGUCCUUCCGAAACAGUCCCGACUUCUUCACAAACCUCCCGGCCAGGAGCUGCGAGCCCAGCUCGUCAUGCGCAGCGUGUAAUUGCCCCCGCAGUGGAGAUGGCUUCAAGGAAGGAUCAUAACCAAGUGGACGGUCCAGAACAUCGAGGCGAACUAACCCCAACGGAGGGUAACAUUCAGUUGCCACCCGCAGCAUCUCAACUACAGUACUCUUCGAGUAUCGGCACCGCACCCCCUGAGUCUGACUUGGACAGUAGCCCGGGACCCUCUCCUACUUCGGGGGUACUCCGAGCACCCACCCGACCAAGUGAGCACGGUGCUGCACCCCCCGGGCAAUGA